AUGUUGCGACUAAUCAUCCUCCUAUUGAUAGCGGCUGUGGGUGUGGCCCUUCCCUCCUCUUCAUGUCCUGCCGAUCACCUAUCGGGCGACUCCCCCUACCGAGCCGCAGAGAGUGCAACCUUUGACUAUAUCGUGGUCGGUGGUGGUACCGCAGGACUGACAAUCGCCGCACGCCUGGCUCAACAGCGGUUCCAGGUUGCUGUGAUCGAAGCAGGUGGAUACUACGAGGUGAUCCGCCCAUUCACCCGGAUCCCAGGGGCUGCCAGCCUUGGAGCCGGUGCCGACAUUCGCGCUGCAACCUCGGUUGAUUGGGGAUUUGUCGUCCACGGUGUGCCUGGGGCAGAUUAUCGUGACAUUCACUAUCCACGAGGGAAAUGCCUGGGCGGAUCGUCAGCUACCAAUUUCAUGAUCUACCAACGGCCGUCAAAAGAGUCGAUGAAACGAUGGGCCGACCUUGUUGAUGAUCCCAGUUAUCUGUUUGAGAACACUCUCCCUUACUUCAAGAAGACUGUCUCAUUUACGCCUCCCACCGGCUAUCGUUUUGGUAAUGCCACUGCACGCUAUAAUGAAUUUGCAUUUGAUGCAACAGGCCGCCCGUUGCAAGUGUCUUACCCGAAGUACGCCAUGCCAUUCUCCACCUGGGCAAAGCAGGGUUUCCAAGAGAUUGGGAUCCAUGAGGCACAGGACUUCAAUAGUGGAUCUCUCAUGGGCCACCAGUUCAGUGCAAUGACAAUCCAGCCAACGGACGAGACCAGGAGCAGCUCCGAGUCAGCGUUCCUUCGAGGUUCUUUGGGCUUUGAAACUCUGUCUAUUUACCAAACGACGUUGGCAAAACAGAUUCUGUUCAACGACCAGAAACGUGCAAUUGGCGUUGUGGCCCAGCAGAACAACAUAUUCAAUCUGAUGGCUAAGCGAGAAGUGAUCAUUUCCGCGGGAGCCUUUCAAUCGCCACAGUUGCUGAUGGUGUCUGGCAUUGGCGCAGCCGAAAUCCUGCGACAAUAUGGAAUCAACGUGGUUGCAAAUUUGCGUGGAGUUGGUCAGAACAUGUGGGACCAUGUGUUCUUCGGACCGUCAUACCGAGUGGCUGUGGACACGUUCACUCUGCUUUCGACGAGUGCAUGGUACUAUGCCUACCAACUCGCAGCAUGGACGACAAUCAGCAAUGGGGUGUUGACAAACCCAUCAACUGAUUAUAUCGCCUUUGAAAAGCUUCCACCAGACUAUCGCUCUGGGUUAUCAUCUCAAGAUCAGCAGGAUUUGAUGUGGUUCCCCGAUGACUGGCCCGAAGUCGAGUAUAUCGCGGCAUCUGCAUUUGUCGGAAACUUCUCGGAUCCAUACAUGCAGCAACCGUGGCCUGGGCAAUACGCGACUAUUCUGGGAAGUCUCGUUGCCCCGACCUCACGGGGCAAUGUCAGUAUUCGCUCGGCUGAUAUGGCGGAUGCACCAGUGAUCAAUCCAAACUGGCUGGGCAGCGAGACAGACCAGCGUUUAGCAAUCGCGGCUUAUAAGCGCAUCCGAGCAACAUUCCAAAGCAAGGCUAUGACUCCGGUGAUCAUAGGACCAGAAUAUUUCCCCGGAGCCAAGGUUCAAACGGACGAGGAAAUUCUAAGUAACAUCAAGAAAACUGUGAUGACAAUCUACCAUGCCGCCUGCACAUGCAAAAUGGGAGUUCAGAACGACACGAUGGCUGUUGUCGACAACCGUGCUAGAGUCUUUGGCGUCACAGGCUUGCGAGUGGUCGACGCCAGUGCAUUCCCCAUUUUACCCCCUGGUCACCCUCAAUCGACAGUUUAUAUGCUGGCCGAGAAAAUCGCCGCCGAUAUUAUCGCCCCUUCUCCUUGA